GUUAUUUAAUGAUAAAUUCUGUGAAAAAUUACUGAAAAAAUCUCAUUUUAUUUGUCGACAUUAAAUUAGUAGCAAUUUUAAUUUUCAAAACAAAACUGAAAUGCGAUGUCACGAUGUAUAUAUAUUGUUUAGAUGGUGGUAGAUUAAAGUAUGAAGGGGGUAAUAAGUUUAAGCGUUAAGGAACCUACAGCAUAUUCACUGUCCGCCUGACAGUUAAACAUAACAUUUAAUAAUAUUGUUAUUUUGUUUAACGUCCUUAUACUAUCCUAAUUUUGAUAAUUCAUCAUGGUUUGUGAAGGCCCUGAUCCUCCCGACAAUUCGUCCCAAGACAUAAUACCUCCGUCACGUCAUGACCUUAUAACAAAUGGUCACGAAGAUAGUGAUGAUGAACAGAAUGAACACUUCGGUUACGAACCUUUACCUCAGGGGCCCGAAGCCGUUCUUUCAGAUCACGACUCCGACAAUGAGAAUGAUACAGUAGAAGUGCAAGCACCAGUCAAUAAUAUACCCCAAAUAGAACCAAUGGAGUCUGCUUUAACUAGGGAAGUGUGGAGUAUGCCUCGGCCCAAUGAUACAAUUCAAAUGGAUAGCGAAAGAGUACAACAGGUUAUGUCCAUAAUGGCCAACUUUGCAUUGCCACAAGCUUCCAUACCUGAGUGGGCACAAAGUGUGUCAGAAGAUCAAUGGAGACAGACCCUGAAUGAUAGAUUAGAAAAGUUACAAGGAAAUCCAUAAAAUCCUUCUGUUCUAUAGGCAUUACAUGUAAGAAGGUUUUAUUAAUAAUAACAAAUAUAUAUGUUUUAUUGUGUAUUAGAAAUAAAAAUAAUUCAUCAUCA